GCAACAGGAAGAAAGACAGGAAGCAGUGUGGCAAGACGGUUGUACUGUUUGCUUAACUCUGACACGUGUUCACGAGCACAACACGAAGAACACGUGAAGUCGGCGGUUAUUACUACUACUUUAAGAUAUCAUGCUAGCUGCUGACCUGACCAUCUUCUCAUGUUCAGGGUAGAGUGUGUGUGUGUGUGUGUGUGAGCAGUCCGUCAUCACGUUGUGUCCAUGACGAAAGCGACCGUCGCCAAACUUUCCGUACUCAUCUUUCUAGCUUUCAUUGUGAGCCUACCAGAGUUCUUCCCCUCAGAAGUGUUACAGGUCCAGUUUCUUUGUGCACCUUUUGACCCUUGUGACCCUAACCGAGGGCCUGGCCAUUAUGACGGACAGGUCUAUGAGAUAUAUGACAACGCAGCUAUCACUCGGCCCCAGUGUGAGGCAAAAAACACAACCAAUCAGGACGAAGCAGUAAAGGAGUGGUUUGUGUGCGAGACUCCUGCUGACCUGUGGAGUCUCGGUGACUACGCCUCGAUCUCAGGAACAGACAUGGAGGUGAUCGUUACACUACAGAUCACAGCUCCUCAUCUCCUGCAGAAUGUGACUGUAAAUGGACAUUGUAACCACAGUGGACUUCACAUUGAAACCCAACGCAACAUCACGCUGUUGGGCUGCUGCUUCCAGAACGACGGCGCACAUCGAAAAAAAGACAAGACGCCACGAUCCAGCAGCUCAAAACAAAACUCAGUGCCUCACAAAGCAAACGCCUCAGAACCAGGCAUCUUCUCAGCGGGAUCACCUGACCUAACAUCUUCUGGAGGAAAAAACUCCAGUCCUAAUCCCACGCAACACUCGAACAGAAGCCGCUGCCUUUUUCACUUCAAGGACAUUGAAAGGAUGUCUUCGAAAACAGCGAGGCGCUGGAGUGUCUGUACCAUUGUGUGGUUGGUUCUGGUGCUAAUGGUGGUCAUAUUGGUCCUUCUGGGAGUCAGGGAUCAGGUCUUUAAGAACAGAUGCUGCAACAAAAAAAAGGUGAUACCGGUUCUACCCCCUGCCGAUCAGCCAAAGACGUUUUCCAAACGCAGAGUAAAAUCUUUAGGUGAUUUGCCUGAUGAUGUAUCAGCAUUGAGUAUAGAAGAUAAAGAACUGUUCUUGGAGAAGACGCCAUCAGAUUACUCAAGAGGUCAUGUAACAUCUCAUCAAAAAAGAGUGUCUUUGGCUUCCACCAAAACGUUUCUUCAGGUCUUUCAAGAAUCAUACAGGAGAGGCCUCUCUCCAAUUCCGGAGCUAUCUCUGACAGAUGUUUCACUGGGAGAAAAUGAAGAGGAAUAUGAUGAAGAAGCGAGGUCUGAUGGUGGAAUAACAGAAGAAGAGUGCGAGGUGUGUCUGGACAUCCCCCUAACACCAGCAAGCACACACUCCGAGAACUUCACUUUCCUGCAUCAUCGUAGCCACCCAUCUGUGGAAAACUCCCAUUAGUCAAAACGUCCAAGAGGAAGGGAUUAUAAAAAGAUGUCCAACACUUUAAUUCCAGUGCUAUUUUUUAACACACAUCACAUUAACUUCCCCUCACGGCUUAUCCUCAGACAUACGAGAACAUUAGAGGGCUCAUUAGGUGAUGAUGUUCGUUAUGAAGAUGUACAGUAUCACGGUCUUCGUAUUUGCUGGAAGGUCAAUGCAAGUCUAUAGAGAGACGAUAAGAUGAGCUGUAACUUGCUAUAUGUUUAACGUAUUCACACGUCAUUAUAAGCACACAUGCACAGCUAAUUCCAGCUAAUCAGCGAGACAAGAAAAAUAACCAGAAUUCUUUGAGUAACACAUUAAGUAAGUAAAUAACAAGCCUGCAAAUCAGAAUGACAUGAAAGGAAUUAAAGUUUAACAUACAGAUUCUGUUACAAUUAUUCUAGUUUGUCUUUGUUUACCUGGCCAGGGACUACAGGUGGAAAUUAGCUACUAGUUAAAAUUUUGUCCCUGACGAAUGAACUAAAAGAACAGAUUCAGCACUGAUCAAGUAACACGAUGCUAGUUAAAGCUAAACUAAUCUUAUACAACUAGGCUGUACUACACACCAAACAAAUUUAGCCGGAGAUACUCAGUCGCAAAGCCACGAAUUGAACAUUAGCAUAAGAACUGAGGUUCAGUCAGGGAGAAGCUAAACAGUAAUAAACAUGCUCACCUCAUCAGCUACCUAUAAAGUCUCUCAAAUGAAAACACACGUCUUGUCAGGGCUUCACAUUUGAAAAGUGGGGUUAAUAUCUCCCAUGGCCUCAGUAACACUUUAUGAGAACUGUGAAGUAAGUCUGGCUAACUAGCAAGAAUGUUAGCUAGUCCGUUUGCUAAUUUAGUGUGCUUAGUAGCUAGCAUUCAUUAGCUGGCUUUUUAACUAGCAAGCAGAUUAAGCAAUGAAGUUUGUACAGAUCCCAACAUUUUUUGUAAAGCUACUAAUAUCAAGUCCAGUAAGAUUUGUAAUAUAUUAGCUUGUGUGUAGAAUUAAAAAAAUUGUAUUUACCAUAUGUUGAAUUUAUCGAAGUACAAUAAGCGAUUGACUCUCACAUGCUGGAAUGAUAAAUCUUAGAAUCAGUCACAUUACAUUCAUUAUUAGUAAAAAUUUAAGUCGCAUCUUAAUGUUUUUCCCCCUUAAAUUUGUAAUUAAUGUAAAUAAUGUACGUAUGAAACGUAAGGAUGAAGAAAUUGUUUUAAAAGUUGGGUAGAAAGUGACAAAAAUUGACUUCAUGUUUGUCAAACUGUUAAAAAUGAUUCCUUAUUAUUUUGGAUAAAAAAAAUUUUUUUUUUAAAGUUCAGUACAUGGUUGUUUAUAUUUCUAAACAAUUUCAUCUGCCAUUUUUUGUGUUACAAAAGGAACUUAAAGAUGUGUUUCAACUCUCACCCAGACGAUCUCAACACGUGUUUAUCAUACCAUGGUCCACGCUAUAGAAUUUUAUACAAUGCUGCAGUUUUAGAGAUUUUGUGAUAUAUAAAUAAAAAUAAAAAGAGGAAUCGUGUUGAA